AAACACUUGAUGAAACCACAGAAUAAAUCUAAGAUAAUCUCUGGGUCUGUUAUGUAUCUGUGAUGGUUGUGGUGUCCUGUGGUGAUGAAGCAGUGAGGGAAGCAUCUGUAAAUGUGUCGCUGCAGAAACAUGGGGGAAGCAGAGACUGUGCCAUCCGACGAAAAACGAGCAGAACCCGGCAUCUGUACCGCCGAGGAGUCGAUUGUAUGGAGUCAAGAAGUAGAAGUGUGUCUUUUUCACGCAAUGCUGGGUCAUAAACCCGUAGGAGUGAAUCGACAUUUCCACAUGAUCUGUAUUCGCGAUAAGUUCAGUCAGAACAUCGGCAGGCAGGUGUCAUCUAAAGUCAUCUGGGAUCACCUGAGCACCAUGUACGACAUGCAGGCGCUGCACGAAUCAGAAAUACUCCCGUUUCCAAACUCAGAGAAGAGCUUUGUGCUGCCUGAAGAGAUCAUACAGGAAGUCAAGGAAGGUAAAGUGGGAUCUGAAGACGAAGUGAAGGAGGAGUUCAAAGAAGAAAGUGACCCACCCGCAACCCAUGAAGAAGGCAGCAAUUCCUCCGUGAAGAUGUCGGAGAGGUCGGGCAGCGGGCGCGAGAAAGAGAGAGAGCGGGCAGAGAGGGGGGGCUCAGGUGAGGCGGGCAGCGGGUCGAAAGAAUCAGCCGGGGAAAAGAGGAAGAGGAGUCGAGCCGUGGAGAAGGUGAUGAACUCCAGCAACCCCUCCAGCCCUGGAGGAGCCAAGCGCCGCAGGACGUAGCCGCAGCUUGCAGCAGGACGACUUGGGACAUCAGACAUUUGAAAAGAACUGACGGAGAAAGGUGUAGCUAAUAUUGGUCGCGCUAGAGCCAAUGUGAAAGUGAAAUGAGAUGGCGAGCAGGGGAUGUGUGAUGUUCGUGUGUUCACUGCGAGAGGCGUUCCUGUGCUUUAAGCGUUCUGAGCUGUUCACUGACAGAUGGAGGAAAUCUAGACGAAGGAAAGUCUUUGGUGGUUGUGUGGGAUCUGACUAGACUGAUGGGGAAAGUAUGAUAAACAAAUAAGCUUUCCUCUGCUGAGUUUGGAAACAAAACAGCAACUUUUUAAAAAGAUUUGUGGGAAUUUUAAGUGGUAGCUUUAUUUUAUUUUCGUCAGAGCAGACGUUCUUGAGACGGACCAGAGAAUCAACUAGUUUGUUGUGUGAUUUAUUAGAACUUACACUGCAAAUAAGCUGAGCUAGACGUGUUAUUAACUGUAUGAAAUAACUUGAUUCUAUUAGCCAAUUAGACGGUCAUUGAUCAAAUGCUUAGGAAAUAGUGAUUGAUAUUUGCACUGUUUCUGAGUCAUGUUUGAUUGAAAUAUUUGACCGAAUGUGUGUUAAACACAUCAGGAGUAUGUCCCUGAUUAAAAAAUGGUAGUGAA